AUGGCGGCCAACAACCGCUCCUUCGCGGCGCGCAUCGCCUCCAUCUCGUCCAACAGCUCCAGGAUGGAGUCGUGGGACGACGGCGACUUCGACGACCGCUCCGACGGCCUGCUCUUCAAGAACUCGACAGUCCACUCGCUCUCGUCACGCAUGAGCGUGCGUUCCGAAUCAGAGUCCCAGGACGACUGGCAGUUUCUCAUCUCGCCCGACGACCAGGCCACAAACGCCUCUGCCAUCACCUCGGCCGCAAAGCAGGCCGGCAUCCCCAUACCCGCAAACGUGCCCUCGUCCGCCCUGCUAGGGGGGUCCAUCAAGAGGCUGGGGAAAAAGAAGUCGACCAAGAAAAUGGACGUCGACGACGACUGGGGCAACGACCUCGAGCUGCCCGCAAACGCCUCCGAAGGACUCAAGCUCAAGCCGCUCGCUGCUCGCCCGCCUGCUGACGAUGCCGAUGAUGACCUCGACUGGGGCGAGGGAUCAUUGGGCAUCCGUUUUGCAGGCACGCGACAGGCCACUCGCGGCGGACGCAGCUCCUCUGUCUCUGCCAUGAGCCCUAGCCUGGGCAGCUGCAUGACCAUGGAGAGCGAGGAGGACGACCUGGGCGGCCUCGUCUUGCCCACCGAGCCCAUGGACUUUAGCGCCCGUCUGGAGAAGCUCAAGAAGGCCGAUCACCUACGUCAGCAGGACUCAACCCAGCGUGCACCCGAACUAUCUCUCCUCCCACCGCUUCAGAUAGGUCCGACAUCUGCCCCAGCACCACCUACGUCGUUCCCUACACAAGAACCACCCCUAUCACCCACCACUGGUCCCGCAUUCUUUUCACCCUUGGGGAGCCCCAAGGCUCCAUCACCCAAAUCAAAGCCGGCUGCUGAGCCCGAGGAGGAUUUUGAAGAGGGCUUCGAGUUUGGCACUGGUGAAAUUCUGGACAGCAAGAAGCUCACCUUGAACAAGAACAUCGUCGUAAAGAAGACCACCAACAAGGCCAAUGCGCCACACGCCGCUCGUCCUGCGACCACGCUCACCUUUACCGACCGACCCACCAUCUCGCGAAUUCCAAGGCCACUACCGUCCAUUGCCAGCCGCACCCGGCUAACUCCUGUCUACGAGACUGGCGCGUCAGCCUCGAACCAAUCGUCAAGGACCAUGCCCACAACUACUAGCGCACAGCUCCUCCGCGCGAAGCGCUCUGCUCCUGUUCUUCGCAACAUAAGCUCGACCCAACCACCUCGCAUGCCCUUCAUCCCUGCUGGUGGUCCUUCAUCCCAGUCCCACCACGUCAUGGCCAAGAGUACUUCACAAACUCAUCUUCGUCGAGACUCUGACUCUCGUCGUCCUCUCUCUCCUUCUAUGCGGUCUUACUCUCGCUCAUCUGGACAUCAGAAUGAGACACCGAGCCGCGCAGGGGUCCGACGCGAUUUGGCACCCUCUGCACUUGCACGCAACCCACCCCCAAGAAAGCUAACCCAGCCCCAGCGCAAGCGAAACUUUGGGGAUGGGCAUGAACUUGACAUGUUUGAUGAUCUACCCACCUCUGCUACAAAAGAGAAGCAAUUCGAAAAGGUCCCACGUAAUGUUGGCAGUAACAAAUCCUUACGAACUCAACCUAGUAAUUCCCGCUUGCCCAUGCCUGACCGCAUGGCGACGCCUCAGCCUCAGACUCCACGAAGUCCACCCAAGAUGGACAACACUCCCCGAUUUGCUCGAGAUACUGCUGCUAGUAGGAACGCACGAGAGCAGCGAUUGGCAGGCACGAGGUCAAGAGCGGAUGGCUCCGUUUCCCAAAGGCCUGUGAGCUGGGCUGCUCAAGUUGCCUCUCGCAGCCCUCAUUCUAGCCCAAAUCACAAGAAGAAAGGCUUAGGGCAGAAACCUCAGUUGAUCCGCCAGAUGACCCAGCCUCAGUCCUAUAGUAUGGCACUCCACCACUACUAUCCAGCUCCUACUGACCACUAUGUAGACGAAAAAGGCAUGACUUAUAACCCUACUCUACAGCGAUGGGAAGGUAACGAGGAGGAGCUCGUUUCCUUCUCCCACCCUAAUACUUCCACUACUACUCUUGCCUUGACCACUGCCAGUACACCAACUUUUGCACCUCCCUCUAACCAGACGGGUCGCCCACACGAUCGUUCGCAGUCCAUCUCUCACAUAGCGCUCUCGUCCAUUCAUGCCUCUCAAGCACACAGGAGCUUCUCGGCACGGGCAGCAAAGCUUGCCCAGCCGCCAGCGCCAGCGCCAGCACCAUCUCCGCCUCGACCUGCAUUGAUAUCACAAAUCUCAGUGCCCCGAAGCGUGCAAUAUGAAGGCCGCAUGGUGUUUGAUCCUGUCAAGAUGACCUGGCUCAAAGCCCCUCGCCCGAUGAACGACGUUCGCUCACCAUCCGAAGUCGACGAGGACGAGGACCCCUUUGCUGGCCUUGAAGACUUGAAAGACAACGAGAGCGUUGCUGGCGGCAACGGUAUGAGUGGUUCCGGCACACCAAACCCCGAAGAUCCCGCCUUUGUAGGCGAAGAGUUCGACGUCGGUCCCAGUUUCAUCCGCCGCCAACGUGACGAAGAGGCCAUCUGGCGCCGUCGAGUAGAAGGCUGGGUCGGCGGCCUUCGCGACAACGGCGAACAUCCUGGCGGAUGGCGAUGGGCGAUCCGCGACUUCGCAGCCAGCGCGCCUGCUGGUAAUCCCGCGUUUUAA